CUUUUUAAGCCACUUGCGUUUCAAUAAAGCACACCUCCCUUUUUACUUCCUUCCCAUUAAUCUCUCUCUCUCUCUCUCAUUCCCUUUCUCCACUUCCCAUGGAUACAUCCGCUGCUCAAUGGCCUCCUCACCCUCAGGUGAGUAAGCAGAUGGAGGAGAGCCCAAAGGAGAGGAAGAUGAGGCCACAGAAAGAGGAAGCAGUGAAGUGCCCUCGCUGCAACUCCGCCAACACCAAAUUCUGCUACUACAACAACUACAGCCUCUCUCAGCCCAGAUACUUCUGCAAAACAUGCCGUCGCUACUGGACCGAAGGCGGCUCCCUCCGCAACAUCCCAGUCGGCGGCGGCUCCCGCAAGAACAAACGCUCCUCUCCCAGCUCUCUCCCCAAAAAACUCCCCGAUCCCCCAAACCCUAAUAACAAGAUCCUCGAUUCCCACGAUCUCAACCUCGGAUUCGCCCUCCACCACGAUUUCAAAUCCCUAUCCGACAUGAUCCACCUCCCCUCAUUCACCUCCUCCACCGCCGCCGCCUCUUCUCCGUCGCCGCCGUCGCUGGAGCUGCUGACGGCGGCGACGUCGGGUGGUCUGAGCUCGUUCAUGACGGCGUCGGCGGAUCCAUACUCGUCGGGGUUUGCGAUGCCGGAGUUCAAGCCGUCGCUCAACUUCUCGCUGGAUGGGCUCGGGAGCGGCUACGGAAGCUUCCACGGGGUUCCGGAAGCGAAUGGGAAGCUUCUCUUUCCGUUUGAGGAUUUGAAGCAGGUUCCAAACAAUGCUGAUCAAACUCGAGAUGAUCAUAAUUCCAAUGGAUUUUGGAAUGGGGUUAUAGGCGGUGGUGGAUCAUGGUAAAUUUUACUAAUUUUUUACAUUUUUUUUCUUUGUGGGGGGUGGUGGGUGACUUUGUUUGUAUUGAUUUGGAAAAAAUGAAAAGUAAAAAACUGACUUAUAAGUAUAAUAUUACUAGUACUACUAUAUAUGGAUAUUGUGUUCUUGGGUUAAUUAAUUAUACUAUGGUUGUUGUGUAGUUAUUAUAAUUAUUGUUAUUAAUUAUCAAGGAUAUAUAUAUGUGUUGGAGUUAGAAGCUUGUUUUUAGAUAUGGCUUCAGGUAAGGGAGAUGGUGUAUAGUGAUAGAAGAAGAGAUUGGCCUUGAUUUUUGAAGGGUUUAUUCUUCUAUCAACACAAGGAGAGCCACCAUGGAAUUAAGCCACAUUUUCUUUCUUUGCCUUUUCUAGUAUUAUGAUUUUGUAUAACUCAUAACUCAAGUUUUUAUUCAGCUUUUGUGAUGGAAGAUCUUGUCUUAA